AUGUCGAAAGAGAUUAUCUUCUACGACCUUCCAAGUCGAGGCAGUAAGCCCACUGCCUGGUCUCUCAAUCCUUGGAAAACACGACUCGUACUCAACUACAAAAACAUCCACUACAAAACCCAAUGGGUCGAGUACCCAGACAUCGCAACAACUUUCAAAUCCCUCAACAUUCCACCCAACGACCCUGCACUCAACCCUAACGCAGCCUACUCAAUCCCCGCCAUAGCACUCCCAGACGGCAGACACAUCAUGGAUUCCCUCGCCAUAGCCCACGAGCUCGAGAACCUCUACCCAUCACCACCUCUCACCUUCGACAAAGCAGAUCAAAUGCAAUCCGCAGUCCUAAAAGUCAACAAAGCUCUUGCACCAAUCAUAAUUCCUCGUGUCCCGGAACUUAUAUUGAAUGAUUCUAGUAAAGAAUACUUUUUGACGACUCGAGCUAAGAGGUUUGGUAUGCCUCUACCUGAACUUGCAAAGACGGCUGAUGUGGAAAAAUGUUGGGAGGGUGCGAAGGAGGGUUUACGUGAGAUUUCGGCUUUGCUGAAUGGGACGCAUGAUGGGGGGAGUUUCGUGCUGGGUGGUGAUCAGGAGCCUGGAUUUGCGGAUUUUGUGCUUGCGGGUUUUUGGAGGUUUUGCGAGAGGGUUGAUGUUGAUGGGGAUUUGUGGGCGAGGUUGAAGGGUUUUGAUGGGAAGUUUGGGAGGCAUAGGAGUGCUGUGGCGAAGUGGUUGGAGAGGGACGACUGA